CUUAUCUUAUCUCUGCCGCGACUUGCUCUGUCCAUUCCGUCAACCUGCAGUGUACACAACGACGCCACUCCGUCUCCGGCCAACUCUCUUCAUCGAAUUGUACCUAAAUACCUCUACUGUAAUAAUACUUGACGGACCAUACACCCUCAACCAACUCCAAGACCACAGCAACAACCAUCCCCUCAGCCCCCUACACACCAUCACCACCAUGGGUAAUGACGGAGGCUCCAUCCCCAAGCGACGCGAGCUCGUCAAAGAAGCAGCGCGCAACCCGACAAUAAGCGAGCUUAAAGCCACCGCCUUCGAAUCGCUCAACCACGCCUGGACCCACGAUCCCAUCUCUUCCGAGCCCAUUGAUCUCGAAACCGUCGUGUCUGACUGGCGCGGCCGUCUCUACAAUUACGAAUCCAUCCUCAAGGGGCUGAUGCCCGGUAGUAACGAUGACUCCUCCGAGAACAAACAAGACACAACAUCUCCCGCGCUUGUUAAUACCAGCACCAAUAGCAGUAGCGUGGGCAACGGUGAGUCGACGGCAACGCCAACAGCCAUCUUCGCGACCGAGCUAAGCUUCGCCUCCACCGGCAUCAAAUCCCUUCGCGACGUGGUCAAGCUCAAGUUCAAGCGGUACACGCCGCCCGGGGGUGGCAACAAAAAAGAAAAGGAAAUCUUUGCGUGUCCCGUUACGCUCAAAGAGCUGGGACCAUCUACAAAAUCCGUCUAUCUGGUCCCUUGCGGCCACGUCUUUGCCGAGAUGGCGAUACAGAUGAUCACAGAGGAGGUGUGCCCAGAGUGCAGCGAACCAUUCAAGUCAGAGGACGUUAUUCCCAUUCUGCCGACCGAUAAGGCGGAUAUUCAACGGUUAUCGAAGCGGAUGGAGGAUCUCAAGACGAAAGGCCUGACGCACAGUCUGAAAAAGGACAAGAGCGCCAGCAAGGAGAAGAAAAAGAACAAGCGCACGGCUGACGAGGCCAAUGGUGACGCUGACAAGGAGAAGGAGACUAAGAAGGCCAAGAAGAGUGCUGGUGAGAGUAUAUCUAGCCGGGUGAGUGGCAUCAACAACGCCGCCACGGCUGCGCUCACUGCUAGGGUAUUAGCGGACCAGGAUGAAGCCAUGAAGCGACGUAAACUAGCAGCUGCUGGACUUCGAUGACAGGAUGUUUGUAGUAAGCCCUGACCAGCCUUUACUAUUCUCUUGUUUCUCGCCACAGUCUAAAGAUACCAAUCGAUUUCGUAUGAUUCUUCAUAAAGCACCUCGCAGGCUUGCUUGACCCGAAACGAUCUACAUACAGACCAACACACACAUAUAGACAAACAAACAAACCAAAUUUUCACCAA